GCUUGUUGUCAAUCGCUGACAUACGUCGCGCGUCAUGUCGGCAUCCAACAGAAGAUUAGGUUAGGCAUGUUCACGAUAUUGGCAAUUUUUUUCGAAGUUUCUGAAAGCGAAUAAAGUAUCUGAGGAACGCGCGGGGAAUAAAGGAGAAAAUAGAGGACGCCGUGUUAUGAAGAGAACGGGGAGGCUGGAAGGCGGAUAAAUCGAGAAUGAGAUUUCCCUCGUUGCUCUUGGACGAGACAGCACCGUCCAAAUUGUCGAGGUAGACUCUUUUCGCGAGCAACGCGAAUCACGUUCCGCCCGUCCGUCGCUCUUCAGCUUCUCCUCCCGGCACCGACGAUGUGAUUUUGCCAUGUGAGACGCGAGAACUUCCCUGACCAUGUUCCUGACACUCGCGACGUGAACGAGGAUGCAAACGAUGCUGCAGGCACGUUGGGAACGCUCUCAGAAACGCAAGAAGCUCUUGGCCCAGACGCUGGGAGUUUCAAGCGUGGACGAACUGCGGCAGAUUCUCGGAACGGAUGUGGAGGAUACGCAGAAGAAGAGAGGCAGGCUCUCCAACGACAAGUCCGACAGCGCGGUCAAGGAUUUGAAAGACGACGUCGUACCGACGGACGAGAUUGUAUAUAAGGAUUCCUCGACGUUCUUGAAGGGAACGCAAUCGUCGAAUCCGCACAAUGACUACUGUCAGCACUUCAUUGACACCGGUCAGCGGCCGCAGAAUUUUAUCAGGGACGUGGGUCUGGCGGACAGAUUCGAAGAAUACCCAAAGCUUCGCGAGCUGAUCAAGCUGAAAGACGAUCUAAUCGCGGAGACCGCGACUCCACCAAUGUACCUAAAGACAGACCUGCUGUCCUACAAUCUGAAAGAGCUCAAUUGUAAAUUUGAUGUCAUUCUUAUAGAGCCACCUCUGGAAGAGUAUCAGAGAACAUGUGGCGCGACCAAUGUGCAACUUUGGAAUUGGGACCAAAUAAUGGAGUUGGAUAUCGGUGAGGUGGCCGCAAAUCGCAGCUUCGUAUUUCUAUGGUGCGGUAGCAGCGACGGACUGGACAUGGGACGAUUUUGUCUCCGCAAGUGGGGCUUCCGCCGUUGCGAGGAUAUCUGUUGGAUCCGCACCAACAUCAACAAUCCGGGUCACAGCAAGAAUCUGGACAGUAAAGCGGUGCUGCAGAGAACGAAGGAGCACUGUCUUAUGGGUAUCAAGGGAACGGUGCGGCGCUCCACGGACGGAGAUUUUAUUCACGCCAAUGUCGAUAUCGAUCUCAUUAUAUCCGAGGAGCCCGAUUAUGGAUCCAUUGAGAAACCUGUAGAGAUUUUUCACAUCAUCGAGCACUUCUGCCUCGGCCGAAGAAGGUUGCAUCUCUUUGGUCGUGAUAGCACCAUUAGACCUGGUUGGCUCACCGUCGGUCCAGAAUUAACAAACACUAAUUUCAACGCGGACCUAUAUCAGAGUUACUUUGCCAACGGUCAGAUCACUACCGGCUGCACUGAAAGGAUAGAAGCGCUCAGACCGAAGUCACCGCCGCCAAAGGGGAAAGUAUCCGGCCGUGGAAGAGGAGGCUUUAAUCGUGGUAGAGGCAGAGGGAGAUAAAUAGAUCAGAAUCCAGCAGUGUAUGUCUUUCGAACAUUACAAUAGAUGUAAGAAAUCUGAAAAUAUAAAUAUAUAAAUAAUUAUGAAGACA